AUGCUUGCCAUGAGGACUUGGGCUGAGUGUGCUGUGGAAGGGACUGCAAAGGACACGUGUGACUUCCUUACAACAGUUAUUUUGGCCCUCACUCCACUGUUCCUAGCUAGGGCUGUUCUGUCCUGGAAGUUGGCCAAGAUGAUUGAAGCCAGGGACAAAGAGCUAAAGAAGAAACAAAAACAUCAAGAAAUACUGCAAAAGCUAAACAACUAA